GCGAACCAUGACUUCUACGCACUCAUGAGGAAUAAGUGCAGUUGUGGUCAUUUGGAGCGCGUUUUGUUCCCAGUGUUUGAGCCGAGCAGCGAUUACAUAGAGCCCGCGCGCACUGUCCCUCUGCCCAGAAGUCCUGUCCACUCGAAGGCUGCGAGUUCUCAGUUCGAGACGUCGUUGACUCCGGAGUUGGCCUUUGAGUCACAGCCCGACGCCGGCGUUGUCUCGGAGUUCACUAAUUUGUCACAACAAGUGAGCGCUGACUUGAAUACUGACCUCUUGUUGGAUGAGUUCAAAGACAAAGUGAGUGUCAAAGAGGAUAAGGAAGAGGAGAGUAAGGCGGCCGACACGGAGAUGUCGGACCAGCAAAACAAAAUGGAUCCCCAAUUAGAGAUGAGAUCCGAACAGUUGGUGAAAGACUUGGUGGACGACGACGAGGACGACUCGCAGACGAGUAGCAGCGAUGAGGACAGCGAUGACGGCGCCGACACCGACCGGGAGAACGACAUUCAGUUAGUGAUUCGCGAGAGCGAGAGUCCAUAUAUGGGACAACUGCUGCACCAGUCGUCCACAACGGAGUAUUUGCCGGGAAUGUUGCACACAAUGAGUCCGCCGGGACUUCUGCCGCAAUACAGUUCGUGGUCUUUGGUAUGUUUGGGUCCGUCGAGUCUCUACUCGCAUAACAUCGGCCUUCAAGAACAGCCGGGUUUCAUAAGUGGCGCCAAUUUUCUGCUCCCAUGGGAUGUGACCGUAAAGUUGGAACAUUCCGGACAUUUGCCGCCCCUUUGGGAGGGGAAGAGACCGCCGGGUAUUAAGAACAAGAAGACGUUCAAAGACGGCACACAAUUCACAGUAAAGGUAUUCAUAGGCGUAGAGUACGAGUGCCAUCGCGGCCACCGUUUCAUCGCUUCUGGACCUGACUCUGUGCUCAAAGCAAAUAUGGGAAUCGUUAAGGAGUCGGCCAAUCGCGUCGCCAGCAAUGAUAUGCCGCUAUACUUCCCCUGUGUUUGCAACCGACAGGGAAAGCCUAACGUGUUGGCGCAAUUAAUGCGAGUACAUAUCGUCACACCUAAAGCGCCGGUAAACGUCACGUUGAACCCCAGAGUGCAACCGGCGCCCAUACCCUGUCCUAUAUUCUAUGCGGGCAACGCUGAGCCCAUCCGACUCUCGCAGUCCACGUAUUGGGUGUUAAGGCUGCCCAUGAUAUAUGAGGCCGACUGCGGGCCCUUUCCCAUACCCAAAGAUCAAUUGCCUCUCGAGUCGAGUCGCCUACUGAAGGGGACUGUUUGCCUCAAACUCUAUGUCUGUGUCGCUGUGUUUGUCGUGUUUGACAAUUGGCUGACCGGUUGUGAGGCCCGCAAGAAAUCUAAACCACCGCUCAUUGAGGAACGACAGCAUAAGAGUCACCACAACGACAGACCCACUCAUUGUCCUUUUGGUAAUGAAACUCAUCAAAUUGGUGAUCAUUGGAAACCCAAUUUGCAACCAUUUGGUGUCUAUUAUUGUAUUCGUUGUGAAUGUGUAUCUGUACAAAGAAAGAGUCGGGUUGUGGCCAAAGUCAGGUGCAAGAACUUGAAGAAUGACUGCCCGAAGCCUACAUGUGAUGAUCCGGUGCUUCUGCCCGAAAGAUGUUGUAAGACAUGUCCCGGAGAUGAUGAAUUUCCAGAAUUCACAGAAUCUUCCGCCAAAUUGGAGACAAAUAAGACAUUAACAGUAGAGCAGCCGUUGAAUCAGACAAAUAGUGAGCCACCAGUAGAUGAGUCGACACCGAAGGCGCCGGCCGUUGGCACGGAAGAGGACGGCGUGCAGAAGAAGUUCAUUAACGACGAGAACCAACAAAACAAUUUGAUUGGAGAGCCGACCCAUAAGUGCUAUUAUGAGGCGAAGAUCUACGAGGAAGGCUCGCAGUGGAAGACAGAGCGCGACGACUGCGAGAUGUGCUUCUGUCAGGUAUUGUCUCCUCUUUUGGCUCUAUAUUCGCUCCAUUAG